AUGUCGGCUUCGGAGCGAACUUUAAAUGCACUCCAAGCCCUAUUGAAAUCGACCGACAAGCAACAAGGCUUUAGUGCACUUUUUGAAGAGAUCUGUGUCUGUCCUUUGGCAGUCGAUGCCGAGACGAAUAUUGCCAACGACCUUGUCGCUAUCAUCAAUGCCAUUUUCGACCAAAAUCUUGGGAUUGUUGCAACGCGCUCCCUCCUCGUGGUUUUGGCCGAUAAGCUAAAGUCAAUGCAGGCCAACCUAGUCACAAUUAUGGUCGGAGAGCAUUUACUAAACAUUCUAUCGGGACAAAUAUCGUCAUUUGAAGAGCAAAAUGCUCAGAUCCGCGAAUUAAUGGCCUCGGCAUUUGAAGGCAGAGAUGAUCAUCUAGCCGCAGCCAAAGUGUUAGCUGGUAUUCCACUAGAGUCUUCGCAACGGAAGGUGACAAAUGAUGACAAGGUCAAGAUUUGGAUUCGCAUUACGAGAAACUAUCUGGAGGUCAAUGAUACAACUCUAGCAGAACAGUCCUUAAACAAAGCUAAAAAUCUGAUUUACACUGUUAGUGACCGGGAUACAAAUCUCCACUUUAACCUCUGUCAAGCCCGAAUAUAUGACGCCCAAAGAAAUUUCUUGGCUGCAGCCCAAGGUUAUCAUGAUAUUAGCUUUAUGCCGAUAAUUGCAGAGGAGGAGCGAGUUUUAACGCUGAGUAUGGCAAUUAAAUGUGCUGUGCUCGCUCCAGCCGGGCCGGCAAGGAGUCGUGCCCUUGGAAGACUCUACAAAGAUGAACGGGCUGCCACGCUGGAAGAAUUUGGGAUUCUAGAAAAAAUGUUUCUUGAUCGGCUUCUUGGUCCUGAUGAGGUGGCGAAGUUUGCCAAAGGACUUGCAAUUCAUCAGCUUGCUAAGACGGCUGACGGUAGUAAUGUAUUGGCUAGGGCUGUUGUUGAGCACAAUCUCCGGGGUGUCUCAUACUUGUAUCAGAACAUAAGCUUCAGCUCUUUGGGGAAGAUAUUAGGGCUAGAUGAUGAUAAAGCUGAAGAGACGACAGCUCGGAUGAUUGAGCAAAAGAGAUUGGUGGGUCGUAUAGAUCAAAUUGAACGAGUCAUAUGGUUUCGUUGUGGAGAUUGCAUUGGUGAAACAGGCAAUAACCAACAAAUCAAGCAAUGGGAUGCAAACAUCCACGAUCUUGCUGAAGAAGUAGAAAAGGUUACAUCCGAGCUUCAACUCCUUUAUCCCGAAUUUGUUGCUAGACACAUGACAAUCUAG